AUGAAUUCAAGCAGGGUGGACGACAACAUUUUCCCACCUGAAUGGAGCGUCUACCAAGCAGUGGGAGGGAAGCUAUCCGAUUUUGGUGCCCAAGCUAAAAACUUUCUUAUCUUUCUCGUAAUCACCAACAUCAUCACCUCUCCUCUUACUGCGACUCUCAACAUGUUGGUGAUUAUAGCUGUGAAAACUAAAAGCCGCUUGAAAGCCAAGAAGUCCAACAUACUGCUUGCAUGUUUAGCGGUGACCGAUUUGGCGGUGGGUGUGAUUGUUCAACCGAUGUUAAUUGUGGUUUCAAUCAUCGACUUGAUCAGCGAACUAACGAGAGGGUUAUGUUUCUUACAGAUUUGUACACAAUUUAUGACAAGUGUCCUGUGUAACUCGUCUCUUAUCCACCUGACUUUGGUGAGUGGAGAACGAUAUUUAACCAUAAAACACGUUUACGCCUAUGCUAACGGACUCGUCACAGAGGUCCGCUUGCUGGUUGCCUUAAGUGUUGCGCGGCUCCUUUCCAUAACACUGCACAUUCCUCUUUUUGAUUAUAGAUCAGCCUUUUAUGUUACAAACAACAUUUUCAUCGGAAUUUCUGUCGCCAUAGUAGCUUUCUGCCAUGCAACAGUCUACCGCGAGGUUAGCAGACAGCAAAAGACACUUUCAACUCAAGAAGUCACAGAAGAGAUAAGGCAGAAAUUUCUGAAAGACAAGGAGGCUCUCAAACUGACAUCUACAAUUAUUGUAGUACUUUUUCUCUGUUACUUGCCAAUAACCGUUGUUAGAAUUGUUUUAAGCCGGUCAGGUUUCAUGUCUAUAAAAGCAAGGUUUAUAAUUUUAAUCUUUUCAGUGUCGUUUGCACUAUUCAACUCUUUCCUUAAUCCACUAAUUUACGCCAUUAGGACACGACAAUUUCGCGUAGCUUUUAUCGAAUUAUCGUGUAGAACUGCAAACUUAGUUGAAGCUCAGGAAAUUGAGAGGAGAAUGUUUGGAUCGCCAAAUGCUGUGGAAGUAAUAAACAUAGAAGAAAAACAGGAAGAAGAACAUCAAAAUGAAGAACAUCAAACUGAAGAACAUCAAAAUGAUAAAAUGAAGGACAGCAAAUCUCAAACCUGA